AUGAAUAAUACAGGCUUGAAAUUUUUUGAAAAAGUGAAAAAAAUUGAAAUAAAGGAAAUUGAAAAAAAACUAAUAAAUAUUCACAAAUUGGUUUUAUGUAAUUUAGUUAGUUCAAAUAAUUUAUUAGAAAAAAAUAAAGAAAAUAUUUUAUUAUAUUGGAAAAAUUGUUGUUUAAAUGUAACAGAUGUAAAAGCAAAUGUAACCUUAUUUUUUGAAAAUUAUUAUGAGUACUUUACAAUAUAUAAUGAAACAAAUAUAUUAAUAGGAGAAUAUUUUAUAUAUUUAAUAAUAUAUUUUAGAAAUAUAAAAAUAAAAAAAAAUCCAUUAAAAGUUAUAAAUUUUUAUAUAUUUACCGAUACGAAUUAUUAUAAGUGGAAAGAGAAAUUAAUUUUUCAUUUUUUAAAAAAUGCAUUUGUUCAUAUAAAAGAUAAAAAAAAAGAAAACUAUUAUGAAGAUUAUUAUAAUUGUAAAACAUUAAUUAUUGAAUAUUUAAUAAAUAAUUAUCAUAUAUUUAAUAAUGAACAUAUAAAUAAAUUUUUUUAUAUUUAUAUAUUAAAGUAUAUUAAUGAUAAAUUAAAAAUUGCCUUUUUAAAAAGAAAUCAAAAUUAUUUAAAUAUCUAUGCAAACUUUUUAAUUACCUACCAAAUAAAUGCAACAAUAAAUUUUAUAUCUAAAGAAUUGUUGCAUAUUUUUUUUCUUAUUUCACAUAAUUUAAGAAACAUAUUAUCAAAUUUUCCAUUUGAUAAGGAUAUAUGUACACAUGUGUGUUUAAUAUAUCAGCAAGUUAAAUAUAUUAUAAUUGAUUAUGAGAAUAUAAUAAAUGGAUGGUUAAAUAAUAAAACAGGUUCUGGUACAUUAGAAAAUAUAGGAUCAUACAAAAUAAAUGGAAAUAAGAACAACAGAGAUAAUGUAAUUUACCAUAAUUAUAAUGAUAAUAAGGAACAUUUUUCUUCUUAUGACAUACCAAAUAAUUUUUCAGAAUUAAUAAAAAAUGAACAGGUAAAUAUAAAUCAUAAGGGAAACAGAGAUAUUAUAUAUAAUGAUCAUAUACAUGAUAAUAGUUCAAAUGAUCAUUUUAUUAAUGAUUUUACAUUUGAAAAUUUGAUAAAAUCAAAUGAUAAACUUAAAAAUGAACAGAAUUAUCCAAGUAUCGAAGAAUGCUAUGAACGUUUGGAACUCACAAAAAAUAUAAAAAAUUUAUUAAAUGAUUGUAAUAAUAUUAUUAACGAAAAAAAGAAAGAAAACCCUUUCUUAAUAUUGUGUAAAUAUAGAAGCAUUUUGAUUAUAAAAUAUAAAAAUGUAAAAAAUACAAAUAUUUUUGAAAAUUUCCAUUAUUUUCUCUUGUUUUUUAAAAUAAAAAAUUUAUUAUGUUCAAGUACGAGGAACCCAUUUUUUAUAUUUCUUUGUAUUGAGAGUAUAAAUUAUUGGUUACAAAAAAGUGAAAAGUUAAAUUAUGUUUUUGAACAAGGAAGUAAUAUUUGCAAUGAACAAAUGUAUAAUGGUAAAAUAUAUAAUGAUAACAAAAUAUGUAGUAAUGAAAACAAUAUAUGUAGUGAUGAUAACAAAAUAUGUAGUGAUGAUAACAAUAUAUGUAGUGAUGAUAAUAAAAUAUGUAGUAAUGAUAACAAUAUAUGUAGUGAUGAUAACAAUAUAUGUAGUGAGCGUGAACAAAUGAACCUUGAAGAAUUAUAUAAACAAAAUCAUUUAUAUAUGGAAGAAAAUAAAAUUAGUAAGGAACAUAUUUCAUCUAAUAAUAUAUAUGAUACUUUAAAGGAUAAUACAAAUUAUAUGAUGAAAGAAAUGAACGUUAUAUAUUCCAACACAUGUAACCCAAAUGAUGGUACAAUUAAAAUAAACAAGAAUAACAGAAUCAUAAAAAAUAAUGAAGAGGAGUUGAUAAGAUAUCAAGGUAAAAGGACAUUUAAUAUAAUAAAUUAUGAAAGUUAUAAUUUAAAUGAAGAUAUGGAAAAAUGUAAACAAAUAAUGUUCCAUAUAAAAUUAGAUGAAAAAUUAUUAAGUGCAGAAGAACCUUUAAAUAUUAAUCACAUAAAGUUAGAUUUUGAGAUUUUAACAUAUAAGGAAAAAAUAAUAUUUUUAAAAGAAUUAUAUAAUUUUAUUAUUAAUUCUAUUUUAAUGAUUUUAAAAAAGUAUUGUUGGUAUAAUAUAAAAAACAUAUGGAAUAGUUGUAUAAGUAUUUAUGAGUUUUUACUUACUAGCAAAAAAAAUAUAUGUAUAAAAAAUGAUAUAUAUCAACAUUUAACAUAUAUUAUUUUUAAUCAAGAAAAAAAAAGGAAAUAUUUAUGUCUGUCUUUAUUAUUAAAUUAUUUUAAGAAUUCUAUGUGUGAAAAAAAUAUAUUGGAAUAUCUAUUUUAUUGUUUCUUUCGAAAUGAUGAGUAUUUUAUGGCUAGUUUAUUUGAAUUAAUAAAACAAUGCAUUAAACAUAUCUUUGUGCAUUCUGAAGAAAAAUAUUUAUUGUAUUAUAUUUUUAUCAAAAAUAUUUUACUAACAGAAGAUUUAUUUAUGAAAACAUUUUAUGUAAAAAAAUUUAUCGAGCUUUUUUACAAAAAUGAUCAUAAUUAUGUGUCCUUUAUUCUUAAUAAAGAAUAUUUCAAAUUAAAAGAUUAUCUUGAUCCAGAAUAUGGAAAUAAAAAUGAAAUUGCCUUAAAAGAUGAAACAAUAAAAUUAAAUUAUAAUUUUGAUCAUGUUCAAAAACAAAAUUAUGCAAUACCAAAAGAAAAAAACAAUUUUAUUAUGUUAUGGGAUGAAAAUUACAAAUGUUCGAAUAAUGUGAUGAAUAAAAAUUAUUUUGAAUUUAUAAAUAUUCAUCUAUUUGAAAAAGAAGAAUUAUGUCAACUAUUUUUUUUUAAUGAAUUUAUAGAGAAAAAGGAUGAUAAUAUUUUCUUGAAUUAUAAAAUUAUAAAUUUAUAUAAACAAAAAGAUAUUGUUAUAAAUAUAAGUGAAGAAGAAAAAAAAAAAAAAAAAUUACAAAGAUAUGGUUUAUAUAAUUUCCAUUCAAUUGAAAAUAUAAUGUACUUAGAAUUAUACACCUUAUGUACUUUAAGAAGGAAUCAGGAUUUACAAAUUGUUAAUUAUAAAAAUGAUUAUUUUUAUCAACUUAAUAAUGAUAUUUUAUUAAAUGUGAAGACUUUAAAAAAUUUAUUAUAUCAUUCAAAUGAUGAAGUUAUCUUAUCUAUUUUAACAUUCAUAUGUGAGAACAAAUAUUUAAAUAUUUGUGAUUUGUAUUUAUUUCUAAAUUUUUUAAAUGUAACUAUAACGGAUAGUUCUAGGGCUAGUAGAGAUUCAUAUAGAAAAUAUAUUUCUUUAUUUUUUGAAAAAUUUUUUAUAUUUUAUCAAAGAAUGAUAGAAUUGGACAAGAAGAACAAGAAUAAGAACAAGGAAAAAAGAAAAACAAGAAAUAUACAAAAAGAAAAAAAAAACGAAAUAGAAAAAGAAAACGAAAUAGAAAAAGAAAACGAAAUAGAAAAAGAAAACGAAAUAGAAAAAAAAAACGAAAUAGAAAAAAAAAACGAAAUAGAAAAAGAUAAAGAAAACGAUAUAGAAGUAGAAAUAAAAAUAAAUGUUCAUAUACAAAUUGAAAAAAAAAAGGACAAAAUAAAUAAUCAUAUUAACCUUAUAAGAGAUAAUAAAUUGAAUAAUAUCAGUGUGUGUAAUUCAUCAGAAAAAAGGGGAUCAAAUGAUAAUGCAUUAGAUACUUUAUAUAAUGAAUCCUUUUGUGAACAUGUUUCACAAAAGAAGAAUUAUACAAAUAUUUAUGCAAACAUUUUUACAUUUCUUUAUGGUAACAAUAUAUUUUAUAAGAAUAGGGACCAUAUACAUAGUAAAGAUGCUUUUAUAGAAAAUAGUUAUUUAUCUUGUAUGUGCUACUUACCUAAUGAUAAAUAUAUAAAUGAUCAAAAUUAUUUGUUUUUAUACGAUUCUUAUUUAAUGAAUAUAAUAUUUCUUUUAUUUAAAAGUAUAAAUAAAGAUAUGUGUAUUGAAUCUUCUAUAUAUAGUGCAGAUAUUUUAAAUAUAAUAUUUCAGUAUUGUUCAUAUUUUGAAAAUAUAAAUUUUCUAUUUUUCCUUUUUAAUAUAAAAACAACAUGGAAAGAAUUAUACAUCAUGUCAAAGCAAUUAUUUUUUAAAACUGUAAGUAUUAUUUUAUUAAAGAAGCAUAAGUUUAUAUCAUUAAAUAAUUUAUUUUUACCACUUAUACAAUCGCAUAAGCAAGUCGAUCAUUCCUUUUUUGCAUUUUUAUUACGAAUGUGUUUUAUGUCAUUAAAUAAGAUUAAUAAUAAUUUCUUUUUACUAGACCAUCUUAAUGAUAAUAAUAAAAAUAUGGUAUUUUUGAAAGACCAUAUUAAUAUAAAAUUUAAUAAAACGGAAUAUAUUUGCGGAACUGAUUUUUUUUGUCAUUUUAUUGAUAAACAUAUGGAUAUAUUAAAUAUUAAAAAAAGUAAUAUGUAUAUGAUUAAUUAUAUAAACUACUUAUUUGGAGGAAAUGAUAAUAUAUAUACCAAAAAUAUAAAUAUUGUUAAUAGUAGUUGUAAUAAUAAUUGUAUAAACAAAAAAAUUCCAUCUUAUAAUAUACAUUAUGAUAAUAUUAAUGAAUAUAGUAAUAUUUUCCUUACUCCAAAAAAUAUCCCUUUGUACAUAUUACAAAAAUUUAUAUCCAGAAUUAAAAAGGAACAUAUAAUAAAAUUAACAAAACAUAAAGAUAUAGAAAAUAAUUGCAUGUACAAAAUAGCAUAUUAUAUUAAUGAAUUUAUUUUAUAUUUAAUAGAAAAUACACAAUUUAAUAAAAUGUUGGAUAUGUCUACCUAUUAUAAAUUUGAUGAAAUAAAUUUAUGUAAAUUAGAAACAUAUUUAAAUUAUGAUCAGAUGAAAUUAUAUGAAUAUAUAAAAAAUGAAGAUGAAGAAAUUAGAAAUAAUUAUUAUUUAAUAUUAUUAAAAAUAUAUAUAUGUAAUAUAUUAUAUUAUGUUAUUAAUUAUUUAAAUUUUCUUUUUUUAAAUAAUUCCAAAAAUUUCUUUUUUGAUUGUAGAGGACAUUUAAUAUUUGAAAAGGAAAAUGAGAAAGAGGCAACUUCCAUUAUAAUAUGGUUAUCCAUAAAGUAUAUAUGUUCUAUGAUAACAUCUAUUGUUGACUUUUGUUUUAAAUAUAAUCUCACACGUGAUCUAAUUUUGAAUGAAGAUAAAUAUAUGAAUAUCUGUCAAAAUAUAAGAGAUAAUGAAGAAAUCAAGAAAAAAAACAAGAAAAAAAACAAGAAAAAAAAACAGAAAAACAACAAGAAAAUAGAAGAAUCGUGCCCUAAACAUGAUGAAUCGACAACUAUAAAACAAAAUGAUAAUAAUAAAGAAGAAAAACCGAAUAAAUCUAUAACAUUUUUUAAUAAUGAGGAAGUACAUUUUAUAAUUCAGAAUCUUUUAUGUUUAUUAUUAUAUUCAAAACAUGUAGCUUGUCAGCAAUAUUUAGCUGAUUGUUUACUAAAUAUCUGUAGAAUUAUUGUUUUAAAAAGUAAUGAAGAAAUGCAAUCUAUUCCUUUGUUCUAUAUAUAUAUCAUUUUGCAUAUUUUCAAAAAUGAAAAUAUAAAGAAGGAAAACCGGAUAAAUCAUGAUAACUCGUGUGUAACUAGCUCCAAUAAAAAAGACGAGAAAGAUAAAAAUUUAACAAAAAAUGAUAAUUUGGAAGAAUCACAUAAGGACAUAGAAAAAAGGGAGGAUUUUUCUAUUAUACAAGAAAAGGGUUUAUGUGCAAUUAAUAAAGUGGAUAACGAAAUAGAUGAUAACAUGAACAAUAAUAUGUAUAGUAAAAAUAAAAGUUAUAGUAAUGUUGAUAGGUAUAAUAAUAGCGACAAUGCUUAUUAUGAUGAGAAUUUAGAAACAUUGAAUCGAAUCAUUAAUAAGCUCAAUAAUAUACUGAUGUUAUCAGAAGAAGAAAAUAUGGACAUCAAUGAUAUACUUUCCAUGAAUUUUAUAAAACAUGGAAAUAAAAUAAAUAUACCAAAGAAUUUACAAAAUGAUAAUAAUUUAGAUAACGAUAGCACGUCUGAUACAGAUAAUACUAGUUAUUAUAAUUACAACUUUAAUAUGAAUAGAAAGCUGCAUAUGCUUAUAUUAGACAGUAAAAGAAUUAAUAUAAAUUUUUUAAGAAAAUCAAAUAAUAUGUGCUUAGCUUUAGGAUGUUUAACAAAAUCAUAUAGAAUAAAAGAACAAUAUAUAAUAUAUAAUUUUAUUAUAAAAAUUAUUUUAAAUUAUUUAUAUAAUGGUAAUAACCAAUAUAAAAAGGUUAUUUGUUUAAAUAUAAUAAAACAUAUAUAUACUACUAUAGAUAAUAAAACAUUAUAUGAAUAUAUUAACGACAUAUAUAAUAUAUCCUUAACAUAUUAUAAAAGUGAUUUAUUUUCAUUAAAGAAUUCAAGUACCUCUUUAUAUAAUAUAUUGACCAAAAGAUUAUUAUCCAAGUUAAAUUCUUCAUAUCAUGUAUCUUCAAAUAUGUAUUAUUUCUGUACAGGUAGUAAAAAGAGAAUAUUCAAAAAUAUUAAUUUAACCGUUUUUGAUAUACUUAAUUCUAUUAAUUUAUUAAAAGUAUUUUUAAAUGUGUUUAUUAAAAAAUGCAAACUUUUAACUAAUCAUUUUAUUAAUCAAAAUGAAUGUAAGUCUUAUUUUGAUUAUUCAAAUUUCUUUGCUGAGUUUAUACCCAUUUUAAUAUUUCUUUCAAACAUAAUAAUAUUUAAUAAUGAUGAUUAUUUUUUAUUAAAAAGUAAUAAAGGAGAUUUAGCAUCCACUAAUAAGAUACCCGAAUUUUUUUUUAAGAAUGAAAAGAAUAACAAUAGUAUAUAUAAUGAAGAAAAUUUAAUCGAAAAAAAAUAUAACCCUGAUAAGGAAAAAUAUGAUGAUUAUAAUAAUGUUAAUGUAAAUAAUAAAAAUGAUACAACAAAUGAUUAUAUAAAUAGUAACAUAAAUAUAUAUUUCAUUUUCUGUGAUUAUUUAAAAAAAUUAUUUAGAUAUGGAAAUUAUUUUGUACAAGUUUUAGUAUGUAGAAUUAUAAUUAAUGUCUAUUUGCAUAUAUAUUUAAAAUUGAAAAAAAAAAAUGUGAUUUUUAAUUUUUUAAAAAAAAUUCUUAUAAAUGUGAUAAAAAGUGAAAUAAAUGAAAAAAAUAAUAAUCAUCAUAAUAGUAGUAGUAACAAUAAUCCUUAUCUCCUUUUAUUUAUCGAAUUUAUUCGAAGGAUAGAAUUUCAAUAUUUAAUUGAAGAAAAUAAAAAAAAAUUUAGGAAAAUAUUUUUUCAGUUUUUGUACCUCUUUUUAAAAAGCAACUCAUAUACAGAAAAUUUGUUAAUUCUCCAAAUAUUAAAUAUUUUAUAUAACAAAAUAAGUAUUUGUAUAAAUAAAAAUAUUGUUAUGUUAUUAUACAACAAGUUAUUAUCAUAUAAUAAUGAUAUGUUCAUAUCUGUAUUAGUUAAUGAAUUGUUAAUAAAAAUAACCAAAACGGUGAGUAAUUUGGUGUGUCUUUUAGAUUUAUAUAUGUAUAAUAAGAAUGAAGUUUUUAUUGAGUCUCUUUUGUACAAUUGGUUUUUGAAUAUAAAACGAAAUGAAAAAAAAAUGUUCAAGGAAAAAGAAAAUAGUUUAAGUAACACAUCAAAUUAUUCUUCUUUUAAAUUUUUAUAUGAAAAUUGUCAUAAUAAGGAAUAUCCUUUUUUAUAUAUAUUAAAAAAAGACGAUAUAAAUAUGAACGUAUGUUAUAAAAAUAGAGUGAAUAAUAUACAACAAUAUAUAAAUGAGGUGGGCUAUGAAAAAUUAGAUGAGAAUAUAUAUAUAUAUAUUUAUUUAUUAUUAUUUGAGAUUAUUGAUAUAUAUAAAAAUAAUAUGAAAAUAAAAAAAUAUUGUUUCAAAAUAAUAUUAUCAGCUGUUGAAUAUAUAUCUCUUGAAAACUUAGUUAUAUUUGAAAAAAUGAAAUCAUAUUAUAUAGAAAAUAUACAUAGUCAUUAUUUAGAUAAGUAUAUUAUAUCAUAUAGUUAUCUUAUUUGUUUAAAAUAUUUUAAUAAAUAUAUGAAACAACAGUAUUGUAAAAAUGAAACUAUGAAUCAUGUUUCAAGAAAUCAUUUUAUACAAAGUAUAUAUGAUUAUAUUAAUGAAGAGAAGAAGAAAUAUAUAAAAUUAUCUUUACCAAAUGGAAAUAUUCAUCAAAUUGAUAUUUUUAAUUAUGUAUAUUUUUAUCAACUCAUUUUUAUGAAUUUUUUUUCCUUAUUAUAUAAUAAAAAUUCUUCAACAUAUGCAAAAUGUUUUGUAAAUGCAUUUCUUAAUUAUGGUAUUAUUGAAUAUGAUGCUGAGCAAAUAAAAAAGAAAGAAAAUAUUCAUAAAAUAGAUAAGAGGGUAUUAUUACCACCAGCAUCUUUCAUGAGAUAUAAAGAAAUUAAAAAAGGAAAGAAAAACAAUUAUAAAAAGGGACAUAUUGGAAGUGAGAAUAUUAGAAUGGUUAAAAAUAAUGUGUCAAAUAUUUAUGAGGAAAAGUUUUUAAAUAAGGAAAGUAUCAUAAUGAAAAAUAGUUAUAGUGAUGAUAAUAAUCAUAAUAAUAAUAAUAAUAAUAAUUAUAAUGAUAAUGAUUGUAGUAGUGCCUAUCAUAUGUUGGACAGCAAUUUAAAAUAUUUCAAAUGGUAUAAACAGGAACAACACAAAAAUAUAAAAAAAAUGGUACAUAAUAAAAUAGCAAAUCAAAAUAUAACAUUCGAUAUGAUAUAUAUAAAAAAUCCACUAAAAUAUGUCAGAAGCUAUAAUUUAUUCACAAGUUUUUUUAUUGUAUUAUAUAGUUGUCUAAUAUAUAUGUUAAAUGAUGAAAGCGAAUUAAUUAGAUAUAAAACCAAAAUUAGUGUCUUAUCAUUUAUGAAAAGAAAUGUAUUACAUUUAUCAAAGAAUGUUAAUUAUAUUACUUGUUCUGAAUUUUUUAUAUAUUAUAUUAUAAAACAUUAUAAAGAUAUAAGCUCAUCUAUUUUAAUUUUUUGUAUUAAUCAAACGAAACCUUGCAUUAAAGAUGAACAUUAUUAUAAACCAUUGAAAUUAUUUGAUCAAGAAAAGUAUAAUUUGUUUAUUAAUAAUAUAUCCUUGAAUCAUUUGUUUCUAUUCUAUUAUAUAUAUAAUAUUAUAGAUAUUAUGGACACGGGUGAGAAUAUUAUAAAGCAAAAAAAUGUUGUUAAUAAUUUUCAGCAAGACCAUAAAAGGAUUAAUCAAAUAAAUACUGAACAUGAUAUCAUAAAUAGUUUUUAUAAUAAUAAUAUUCAUUGUGUUAAGUCUUUCGUUCAACCACCUACUGAACAUAAUAAUAAUUUAUUAUAUCAAGAAGACACUAGAGAAUAUUUUGAGAAUAAAGAAAAAGAAGGAGUUAUUAAUUUUUUUACAUUCCUUGAUACUAUGGAUAAUCAAAAAAAAGAAGUAUUUAUAAACAAUAUAAAUAUUAAGAAUUUUAAACAUAAUAUACAUAUACGUAAUAUUACAAUAUAUAAGAAUAAUUUUGAAUUAUUGAAAUAUAGACGUACAUGGAAAAAUAUUAUGAACGAAUUAUUGUCGUUCAAUCAUACACCUUUUAAUUGUAGUAAGGAAAAUAAUAAUUUGCGGAAUGAAAAAACUUUUAUAGAAAUUAUUAUAUCAAUUAUAAAAAUGAAAUAUAUUUCAGAAAUUAAAAAAAGUUUAGAUGAUUAUAUACAUCUUUUUUGUUUUAAUAAUAAAGUAGAUUUCUUUGAUUCAAACAUUAUUAUUUGUUUUACUAAUUUAAUUAAUAGAAUAAUUAUUUUAAUAAUUAAUAUAUAUCUUUUCUUUAAUAAACAAAAUAUUAUACUUCAUUAUUAUAAUAGUUUUUUUUAUGAUGAAAUAAAGAGUAUUAAAGGUAAAGUACUAUCUAUUUAUAAUAAAUUUGUUUUAAGAAAAUAUGAAAUUAAUCCAUUUCUAUUAAAAAAUAUGAAACUAUCAUUACACUUACUCAGUAGCUCCUUUUUAAAAAAUGACCAUUUUUUUUGUGAUAUAUAUAAAUUUUUAUAUUCUUUGAAAAAUUCUAUAUAA